AUGAACUCCGAUCUGGAGAGCCCCUCUCUGGUGGCUUCUAGCUAUAUUUCCUUCAUUCAAGAUGACAUCACCACGUGCGAAGUUGUUCGCGACGCUGACCUACCUCCUCGAGUUGCCAAUGACCAGCAGGGGCCCUCUACUCCAACUAGUACUUUCUCAAUUGGGCUUACACCACACAGCUCACACACCGAGACUCAUACAUUAUCUCCCUCUCCAGAGGCCGAUGUUACUGGAGGGAAUUAUCAAGAUAGUGUAAAAGAAGCUAUUCUGGCCGGUAUUUCCGGUGGUGUUAAUGAGGUAUAUCACUCUCCGCUGACAGAUGAACUCUUUGCUGCGAGCUCGACUGCGCUUGUUUUGGUUGAGUGUGCUCUUCUCGACCGUAUUGCCCAGAUGGCUGUCAGUAUGCGUUCCUUGGAGGAAGACUUGGAAGCCUUGAGGGCACGCCGGAAGCAGCUUGCUGCUUUGCGGGUUGUUUCUGGCACCUCUCGAUCAACCUGCUGGUCUGCAGAAAUUACUCCUUCGGACUCGAAAGCUUAG